UUUUGAGGCCUGGCGCCCUGUCAGAAAGUUGACAGAUGAUCUGCAUUACCGGUGCGUCCCCGGGAUGCCCGGGAUAAUCGCGCUCCAAUGGACGCCCUGGAGCCGGCAGGUUCUCUGUGAAAUGGCUGCAGUGGAGGGAGCAGUGAAAUGGGCUCUUCUGGGCAUGCUCACUCUGUAGAGGGAGCUUUAUCACAUGAGCAGAAACUGAAUCACUGCUCAUGAGGAUCUGGAAUAUGCAACUCUUGGAGUCUUCACCAGAAGAAGACAACAGCUGCCCGCAGCGAGCAGUGCUGAGUAAGGGAGAGCCAAGGAAAGACGGCUGCAUGAAGACUGAGCUGCUGAAAGACAUCACCAACAACAAAGAGGAAGGGUUUAAUGCCAUGGCUGCAGAUGAAAGCGCUACAGAAAAGCAAGUGGGGGAACCAAAAAUGGCAGUAGAUGGCGAAACCAACGGUUCCUGUGAGCACAGCGAGGGUGGGGGCCACCCAAACCCAGCGAAAAACACUCAGGACAACACGAAAGUGAGCCAGCAGGACUCUACUACUAAAUUAAAUAGGAUAGCAGAAAACGGCAUUUCGGAGCGGGACGGCGAGCCUGGGAAGCAAAACCAUCUGAAAGCAAAUGACUUCACACAGACUUCUGUCACAGGGAGCAAUGGAUAUAUCCUAACCAAGCAGAUGGCACAGGAGCAGCCUCUAAGGACUACCAGCUUUGCUUCUCUCACUGGCCACGCUGCAAAAACGCUGCCUGGAGGAGCAGGCAAGGGCAGGACUGUGGGUUCCUUUGCCCAGCUCCAAGCCACCAUGCCAAGCAAGCUCGGGGAGGGCAGUAAGGACAUGGAUGCUAAAAAAGCCCCCGCUGCUAACGCUGAAGUCAAGGUCCACCGAGCACGGAAGACAAUGCCUAAACCCACCCCCAGCCUGCAUGCAAGUAAAGACCCCAAAGACGGGAGAGACAUCAGAGAUCAGAAGGAAUCCAAGGAGAAGGAGUUUGAGAACAUGCUGGACUUUGUGAAGCCGUUGUCGUUGCCCUCUCUCCCGGGCCUUCACCAGUCACUACCUCAGAACCAGAGCUAUGUGGCCACCACCAAGUCGCAGACAGCUGCUGCAGUAUCUCGGAAGAAAAAACGGAGAAUGGGAACCUAUAGCCUGGUUCCCAAGAAAAAGACCAAAGUGUUAAAACAGAGAACAAUGAUAGAGAUGUUUAAGAGCAUUACUCAUUCCUCUGUGGGUGCCAAGAGUGACAAGGAGCUGGGGGAUGGCAGCCCUCACGUGAACGGGGAAAGCCUGGAUGUGGACUCUGAAGAGGAGGACUCGGAUGAGCUGGAAGAGGAGGAUGAUCAUGGAGCAGAUCAGGCGGCCGUGUUCCCUGGGGAUGACAACAGGACCUCCAAGGACAGCGCGUCCGACGCAGACAACGCCAGGAAGAUGGAUGACGGCGAGUCUGAGGAGGAGCAGGAGUCUGUAGAAUCUGGGGAGGAGGAGGAGGAUGGAGACGAGUCUGACUUGAGCUCGGAGUCCAGCGUCAAGAAGAAGCUGCUGAAGAGGAAAGGGAAGACGGACAGUCCAUGGCUGAAACCCACCCGCAAGAGGAGGCGGAGGAAUAAAAAGAAACAAGGCGGUGUGCUAGGUGCUGAGACCUACAAACCCUCGCUGGGCAGCAGGGAGGGCCCUGGCCAGGAGAACAGCAUGGAGUACAUGGAGGUGUCCCUGGAUUCCCUGGAUCUCCGGGUGAAGGGGAUCCUCUCCUCACCAGUGGGAGGUCUCUCCAAUGGCCCUGAAGCAAUGGAAGAUGGUCUCCAGGAGGUUCCCCUGUGUAGCUGUCGAAUGGAAACCCCCAAAAGCAGAGAGAUCACCACGUUAGCCAACAACCAGUGCAUGGCCACGGAGAGCGUGGAUAACGAGCUGGGCCGAUGCACAAACAGUGUGGUUAAGUAUGAACUGAUGCGCCCGUCUAACAAAGUCCAGCUUUUGGUGCUGUGUGAGGACCAUAGAGGGAGGAUGGUGAAACACCAGUGUUGCCCUGGCUGUGGAUACUUUUGCACUGCAGGCACUUUCAUGGAGUGUCAGCCCGAGAGCAGCAUCUCCCACCGCUUCCACAAGAGCUGUGCCUCGCAGGUGAACGACACCAGCUACUGCCCUCACUGCGGGGAGGAGGCCUCCAAGGCCAAGGAGGUGACGAUAGCCAAGGCCGACACCACCUCCACGGUGUCCCUGAGCUACGAGCAGCAGAAACCCGCGGCUCUGGAGGGCAGGGCCGACACCACCACGGGGAGUGGCACUGGGACGAGGUUGUCAGAGGAAGACAAGCCAGAAAGUUCGGCUGCUGAAGGCUUUGACAUCGCUGGGUCUUCAGUUUUUCCAAAGCCUACUACUAGCUUGACCCAGGGACCAGUGAAAGAAACUCUGGAAAGUGCCCUGAUUGCCCUGGACUCUGAAAAGCCCAAGAAGCUGCGGUUCCACCCGAAGCAGCUGUACUUCUCUGCCAGGCAAGGGGAGCUGCAGAAGGUCCUGCUGAUGUUGGUGGAUGGAAUUGACCCUAAUUUUAAAAUGGAGCAUCAGAGUAAGAGAACCCCUCUCCAUGCUGCCGCCGAGUCUGGCCACGUGGACAUCUGCCAUAUGCUCAUUCAGGCUGGUGCUAACAUUGACACCUGCUCCGAGGACCAGAGGACCCCACUGAUGGAAGCAGCAGAAAACAACCACCUGGAAACUGUGAAAUACCUGAUCAAGGCUGGAGCACUCGUAGAUCCCAAGGAUGCCGAGGGCUCCACGUGUCUGCACUUGGCAGCCAAGAAGGGGCACUAUGACGUGGUGCAGUACCUGCUCUCCAACGGGAAGAUGGAUGUCAACUGCCAGGAUGACGGUGGCUGGACGCCGAUGAUCUGGGCCACGGAGUACAAGCACAUCGAGCUGGUGAAGCUGCUGCUGGCCAAGGGCUCGGACAUCAACAUCCGUGACAACGAGGAAAACAUUUGUUUGCACUGGGCUGCUUUUUCUGGCUGUGUUGACAUAGCUGAGAUCCUGCUGGCAGCAAAGUGUGACCUGCACGCCGUGAACAUCCACGGGGACUCGCCCCUGCACAUCGCGGCCCGAGAGAACCGCUACGAGUGUGUGGUUCUCUUUCUUUCCCGUGGCUCGGAUGUCACUUUAAAGAACAAGGAGGGUGAGACCCCGCUCCAGUGCUCCAGCCUUAACUCUCAGGUCUGGGUGGCCCUACAGAUGAACAAGACUCUCAAAGAAUCGUCUUCUGAGAAGCCUGCCCAGAUAGACAAGGUGGUGAGCAGAGACAUUGCCCGGGGUUACGAGCGGAUCCCCAUUCCCUGUGUCAAUUCCGUGGACAGCGAGCCCUGCCCCAGCAAUUACAAAUAUGUGUCACAGAACUGUGUCACCUCCCCGAUGGACAUUGACAGGAACAUCACUCAUUUACAGUAUUGUGUCUGUAUAGACGACUGCUCCUCCAGUAACUGCAUGUGUGGCCAGCUCAGCAUGCGCUGCUGGUACGACAAGCUCUUCCUGCCUGAGUUCAACAUGGCUGAGCCCCCCCUGAUCUUUGAGUGCAACCACGCGUGCUCGUGCUGGAGAACCUGCAGGAACCGGGUGGUGCAGAACGGCCUCAGGACUCGGUUGCAGCUUUACCGGACCCAAAAGAUGGGCUGGGGAGUGCGGACGAUGCAGGACAUUCCUCUGGGAACCUUCGUGUGCGAGUACGUUGGGGAGCUCAUCUCCGACUCGGAGGCCGAUGUCCGCGAGGAGGACUCCUACCUCUUCGACCUGGACAACAAGGAUGGAGAGGUUUACUGCAUCGAUGCCCGUUUCUAUGGCAACAUCAGCCGCUUCAUCAACCACCUGUGCGAGCCCAACCUCAUCCCCGUGCGGGUGUUCAUGUCCCACCAGGACCUGCGCUUCCCCAGGAUCGCCUUCUUCAGCACCAGGCACAUAGAGGCUGGGGAGGAGAUCGGCUUCGACUACGGGGACAGGUUCUGGGACAUCAAAGGCAAAUUCUUCAGCUGUCAGUGCGGUUCACCCAAGUGCAAACACUCGAGCUCGGCGCUGGCCCAGCGGCAGGCGAGCACCUCGGCCCAGGACACGCAGGAGAACGGGCUCCCCGACACCAGCUCCGCCACAGCCUCCUUCUGACACCACCUCCCUCCACCCCACAGCUUCACCUCUUUCCAUUUAAACAGAAAGAAGAGAGAGAGAGAAAAAGAGAGAGAGAGAGAAAAAAAAAAAAAAAAAA